AUGGCUGAUGAUGAGACGAAGGGCGCAGACAAGGCUCAUAUCACACUCAAGACCUUCGCUCGCGCCUUGAUAGACUACCGUCUCUGGCUGCACAUGCUUCUAAACGUGGUUUCCCUGGCGCCCAAGGGCGGUCUGCAAUUAUAUGGCCCGAACAUCAUUAAGAGCCUCGGAUUUUCCCGGACGAAUGCGAAUCUCCUCAACGCUGUUAGCAGCGUUCUCGUAAUGUUGCUAUCAUGGACGAUUUCCUUGGCCUCAGACUGGACACGCUGGCGUGGGCCGUGGUGCAUCGUCGCUUUCUCCUGGUCGAUUAUUUUUGCAGGGGUGCUAUACAGCCUUCCUACGGGAUCGAACAAAUGGGCGCACUAUGCGAUCUUUACGCUACUCAGUGGCGGAAACGCCUUGGCUCAGGGCCUGAAUGACGCCUGGGAGUAUCGGUCUCGCCAUGGCUGUAAUGGGCAGUAA